AUGCAAGCAAAUAUUCAACAAGAAGAAAUAAUUCGACGUCAGUGGUGGAAAAAAUAUAAUGAAAUAAAACAAUAUUUGCUAUAUGAAACUAAUUUACUACUAGCUUGGCAACAAUGGAAUUAUAUGAAUAGAUCGAAUUUAUUAAAAGAAUUUAUCUUUUAUGAAAAAAGAAAACAUAUUCAAAGAUUAAAUUUAAAAUCAAAACAAAUUAAUCAUUUAAUCAAACUGAACCAAAAUAUGAACGAACCAUUUCAUCGACCGAUCAUGCUACCUGUUGAACUGAAUGUUCGUCAUUUGCUAUACCAUGGAGUAACACAAGAUAAUUCUCAAUUAGACUAUAGUACUGGACGACAAACAUAUCUCAAAUUUCGAAAACGACUAGCACCAGAUGAAAAGUAUUAUUAUCCUAUAACAUCAUCUAUGGAUAUUACUUGGCGUAUAGAAGAUUUCUAUGAACGAAAUAACGAUAAAAUGCAAAUAUAA